AUGGACAUAGAUGUCGAUAGAGCUCCUGAUACUCAAAAGAUUGUUGAAUCAUCUUUGUCUGUUGAAGUUUAUGAAGAGGCUAUUGUGAUGGCUCAAGGAUAUGAACCUAAUAUGGCCAUUCUACCUGAUGCUGAGGUGGAGUUUAAAGGUUGUAAAGGGGAACUUGGUUUUGACUAUUUGAGAGACAAUCUAGCUGGCAGUAGUGGACAACUUGUUAUGAGAUGGCCAAAACCAUUCCAUUUUGCAAUAGAUGAUAAAGUUGAUUAUGUCCUAAUUGAUGAGGGAAGAAACCCAUUCCUAAUAAGUGGUGAGGCUAGCAAGGAUGUUGCACGUUACCUAGUUGCUGCUAAAGUAGUUGAGCUUGUCAUGCGUGGCCUCGUAAUACUUGAAACUAUCAUUGCUGAAACAUCAGUAACAAUACCUGGAAUUAAGUAUGUGAUUGAUCCUGGAUUGGUUAAAGUGAGGAGUUACUCUCCUGAUAGUGGCAUUGAGUCUCUAGUUGUUGUUAAAACUUCAAAAGCUCAAGCUCUUCAAAGGAGGCGUGAAGGAGAUGAGAAAUGCUUCCUUCUUUAUCCAGAGAGCGGAUUUGAGGGACAUGAUGAUUCCAUAAUACCAAAGAUCAAAAGAGGCAACCUUUCUAGUGUUAUUUUCCAGCUUAAUGCUCUUGGUGUUGAUGAUAUACUUGGAUUUGACAUCAUGGAGAAACCCGAUAGGUAA